AUGAACACAUCGGAACUUCAACGCAAGUACGAACGACUACUUCACGCUAUUCCUCCACUACCGACGCCCACGCAGCUUUACAAGAAAAUCGUGGCAACCUGUCGGUACCUUCAUGAAACACUGAGGAACAUGACAACGUUAACUGAAAGAAUCGCCAAUUUACGCAGAUCGGGGGAAGUAUGGAAGGAAUGCAUAGCAGAACUUCAAAUUAUUGAAACGCUCAAGGAGAAACAAGAACUGGAAUUUAUUUUUAUCCGCAUUACGCAAUCCGCAAUUACGCACCUCAUCGCCACUGGAGCCAUCUCAGAGAGCAACUGGCGGGUAAUAAUAACACAGCCACUUUAUGAUGACAGAGAGAAUUAUAUUCUCAUGAAGCAAUCAACAAUCGAGACGGUAAUUGAAGACCAACUCAAGAUUUUAAGCGAACAGCAAUCGCUUCUAAACGAUUUCCGCAGAAUACUCGAGGAAGAAGGAUACGCAGGAUUUCCAGAGAGCCGUCAUCACGUUUUUGGACAAUUGCAAAGUGCGAACAAACGGAAACUGGAAAUGACUGCCAAGGACGCAAUAUGUAGAUGA